AUAGACUACUUACGACAAAUCCGUUGUAUUGGGUAUCCCGCAGAGAUGCUUAUACCUGGAAAAGACUUGAAAAUCGUACUACGUUAUCUAGAUGAGAAAGGAAUAGCCAACGAACUCAUUUCAAAUAUCACACAACAGCUUCAUCGAGAGCGACGAGCGUUGAUAGGCCCUGUGGACGGAGAAAUAACUCUUGAUCUUAUCCAGAAGAAAUAUCUUUCUUUUGAUGACGUAAGCUUUUAUCAAUUAUGGUAA